UUGUAUACACAAAUAUAAAUGUUAACACGUGCGUAUUUUAUCCAUCAGAAUUAUUUUUAUGUUAUAUAUUUUGUCAGGAAAAUACUUUUUUUGUACACUCUCCAGUCUGCAUUUUGACUCAGUUCCCUAGUCAAAUUAGACUGUAAAAUGAAACUCAACCCGACCUUUCUAGAAGAGGAUUAAGUAUUCCUGUUGGCUCCUUUAGUGGCAGUGCCCGUGACUCCUCCACGCUGGGGCGCCACAGUCCCUCUAUCCACCGGCUCCUGUGUGCGGCAAACAGGAGGCAACUUGGAAGCACUUGGCUAAAUCUCAGGCAAAUCCCUUUAGCCGCGUCUUGAUAUGGCUUCUUCUUGGUGACUGAUCUCUGCUUUCAGGAAAUGCAACAGGUGGAGGAUCCGUGUGAAUGAACCGUGGACUAUGCGCUUGUUAGCGUAAGCUAGCUUCUGUUCCUACUGCUGGAGAAGGACAGAUACAUUUUAGCGAUUACUUCACACGAGGUCAGGUGUAAACAUGGAUGACAACAGUAUGAGCGACUCCAAUGUGAAGGUGGCGGUCCGUGUACGCCCAAUGAACAGGAGAGAAAAAGACCUGAACACAAAAUGUGUGGUGGAGAUGGAGGGAAAUCAGACUAUUUUGCAUCCAGCCAUCACCAAUACAAACAAAGGCGAUCCUCGUAACCAGCCAAAAGUUUUUGCCUAUGAUCACUGCUUCUGGUCCAUGGAUGAUGCUCAGAAAGACAAGUUUGCAGGUCAAGAAGUGGUGUUCCAGUGCCUUGGGGAGAGUCUGCUCAACAACGCUUUCAUGGGUUAUAACGCCUGCAUCUUUGCUUAUGGACAAACAGGCUCAGGGAAGUCUUUCACCAUGAUGGGCUCAGCGGAGCAGCCUGGUCUGAUACCUCGUCUCUGCAGUGCUCUGUUCAACCGCAUCAACCUGGAGCUCAGGGAGGGAGAGAGCUUCACUGUGGAGGUGUCCUACAUGGAGAUCUACAACGAGAAAGUCCGCGACCUCCUGGACCCCAAAGGAGGUCGACAGACACUGAGAGUGAGGGAGCACAAGGUGUUUGGACCUUAUGUGGAUGGACUUUCACGCCUGGCUGUAUCAAGCUAUAAGGAUAUCGAGUCUUUGAUGGAGGGGAAUAAAUCUCGAACGGUGGCAGCAACGAAUAUGAACGAGGAGAGCAGCCGAUCUCAUGCAGUGUUCAACAUCAUCCUCACACACACACUUUGCGACCUUAAGUCUGGGACAAGUGGAGAGAAAGUCAGUAAGCUGAGUCUGGUGGAUCUGGCCGGCAGUGAGCGGGCGGCAAAAACUGGAGCAGCUGGAGAGAGACUGAAAGAAGGAAGUAACAUAAACAAAUCGCUCAGUACUUUGGGUUUGGUUAUCUCGGCCUUGGCUGAUCAGGGAGCUGGAAAAAACAAGUUUGUUCCCUACAGAGACUCUGUGCUCACCUGGCUGCUCAAGGACAGUCUGGGAGGUAAUAGCCGCACUGCGAUGGUAGCUACAGUGAGUCCUGCUGCCGAUAAUUACGAUGAGACUCUGUCCACACUGAGGUACGCAGACAGAGCCAAAAGCAUCGUGAACCACGCUGUCGUCAACGAAGACCCCAAUGCUAGGAUUAUCCGCGAGCUCAGGGAGGAGGUGGAGAAGCUCAGAGAACAGCUCACAGAGGCUGAGUCCAUGAAGGCUCCAGAGCUGAAAGAGCGUCUGGAGGAGUCUGAGAAACUGAUACAGGAGAUGACUGUGUCCUGGGAGGAGAAGCUUCGCAAAACUGAGGAAAUUGCUCAGGAGCGUCAGAAGCAGCUGGAGAGCCUGGGCAUCUCUCUACAGUCCUCGGGUAUCAGAGUGGUUGACGACAAGUGCUUCCUGGUCAAUCUCAACGCCGACCCCGCCCUCAACGAACUGCUCGUUUACUACCUCAAGGAUCACACUCGGGUGGGCUCUGCUAACUCUCAGGACAUCCAGCUCUGUGGAAUGGCCAUUCAGUCUGAACACUGUGUCAUUGACAUCAAUGACAGCACUGUAGUACUAACUCCUCAUCGGAAUGCUCGCACCUGUGUGAAUGGCUCUGUAGUGACAAGUCCAGUGCAGCUGCAUCAUGGAGACCGAAUCCUGUGGGGCAACAACCACUUCUUUAGGAUCAACCUGCCCAAACACAAGGGGCAGAGCGCCGCCGAGGGGGAGGAGAGCUCCGCCCCUAAAGCCGGUCUAAGCGUGGACCGCCUAGAUGUGGACCACGACUCCUUCAGUGACGUCUCCAGCGAACGCAGCUUCAGCUAUGAGUCUGCCCAGGCUGAGGUCAUGAUGAAGGCCAUGGGCAGCAAUGACCCGUUGCAGUCAGUGUUGCAGACUUUGGAGCGGCAGCAUGAAGAGGAGAAGCGCUGUGCUCUGGAGAGACAGAGGCUGAUGUACGAACAGGAGCUACAGCAGCUCAGGCAGAGACUCAACCCAGAGAAGCCCUCCCUCCUAGAUCCGGGAAGUCCCACCAGUGUUACAACUAGUACUACAACCACUAGCCCGGAGAGACGGACACGCCGCUGGAGUGAGGACAGAGAGGCGAUGAUGACCAGGAGCCUGCGUCGUCUCAAAGAGCAGAUUGUGAGGGCGAAUCUUCUGGCUCAGGAGGCUGGGUUCAUUGCAGAAGAACUGAACAAGAGAACAGAGUACCUGGUCACUCUGCAGAUACCCGCAGCCAAUCUGGACGCAAACAGAAAGCGUGAUGCUGUGUUGAGCGAGCCGGCCAUCCAGGUGCGUCGUAAAGGCAAAGGGAAGCAGAUCUGGGCCUUGGAGAAGAUGGAGAACAGACUGGUGGACAUGAGGGAGCUGUACCAGGAGUGGAAGGACUUUGAUGAAGACAACCCCGUGAUGCGGUCAUAUUUCAAACGCGCUGAUCCGUUCUUCGAUGAGCAGGAGAACCACAGUCUGAUCGGAGUCGCCAACGUGUUUCUGGCCAGUCUGUUUUAUGAUGUGAAGCUACAGUAUGCAGUGCCCAUCAUCAACCAGAAGGGGGAGGUGGCUGGUCGGUUGCAUGUGGAGGUGUGGAGAGGCACUGAAAGCUCAGAGGACAGCUCAUCUCUUGUGGACUCUCUGAGCUGCACAGAUGGAGAGACACAAGAACGCAGACUCUACUGUGUGGUGAAGCUUCUGCAGGCCACAGGACUCCCUCGGCAUCUGUCCAACUUUGUGUUCUGUCAGUAUCACUUCUGGGGUCAGGAGGAGCCUGUGUUUGUGGCCCCUGAGAUGGACUCCCCCUCUUCCCCCUCCUCCUCCCGGGACCCCCAGUGCACUGUGGUUUUUGACAGUGCCAAGGAGCUGGUGGUCUCUGUAUCAGAAGACUUCGUGGAGUACCUGUCUGAAGGAGCCGUGGCGAUAGAGGUGUACGGUCACAAACAGGCCAAUCACCGCAGGAACCUGGCUCUGUGGGACCUGGGCGUCAUCCAGGCCAAGACUCGAUCUCUGAGGGAGAGGUGGAGCGAGGUGACACGUCGUCUGGAGCUGUGGGUGCAGCUGAUGGAGCUGAACGACGCUGGAGACUUCACACCUGUGGAGGUCACGGCCGCUAAAGAUGUGCGCACCGGGGGCGUGUUCCAGCUCAGACAGGGUCAGUCUCGGCGUGUACAGGUGGAGGUGCGCUCUGUGCCGGACUCUGGGACCAUGCCUCUGAUCGCUGCCUCCAUCGUGUCCGUUUCCAUCGGCGACGUCAAAGUCCGACAGGCUCCUUCAUCCAAAGCUGCUGAGGCACACUGGGGUGACAAUGAAGAGUUGGACAGCUAUCAAGAGGUAGAUCUGGAGCGCAUGAGGCAGCAGUGGCUCUUCACCUUGACUCAGAGACAAGAAUAUCUGGACCAACAGCUGCAGAAGAUCGUUUCUAAACCAGAUAAAUCAGAGGACGAUGUGGAGAGAGAGUCUCAACUGCUGGAGUGCCGUCUGACCCUCACUGAGGAGAGGAAUGCUGUGCUGGUGCCCUCUGCGGGGAGUGGCAUCCCAGGAGCCCCAGCUGAGAGGGUCCCAGUCCCAGGAAUGGAAACGCACAUCCCAGUCCUCUUCCUGGAUCUCAGCGCGGAUGAUUUCCAGUCCAGACUCUCUGCUCCACUCUCCGGGGGCCUGGAUGCUUUGCUCAGUGAGGAAGAUGAGGAUGAGUUCUUCGACCUGCACAUCGUCAAACAUUAUGAUCCAAAGGUGAAGGUGGAGGCGUCCUGGGACUCCACAGUUCACGAGUGCCCAGAGCUGAGCCGAGCGGGGGCCCCAGACCUCAGGGUUUAUCUGACUGUGAAAACUGUGGUGCAGCUGUCCCACCCUGCCCACAUGAGGCUGUUACUACGGAAACGCAUCUGUGUCAGCGUCACCGGGAGACAGGGUUUUGCUCAGAGCCUCCUGAAGAGAAUGUCCCAGCGUAGCACCAUCCCUGGCUGUGGAGUCACCUUUGAAAUCGUCUCCAACAUCCCCGGGGACAUCCACGGGCCGGAAGACAGGGAGAUGCUCGCUCGACUGGCAGCCAGUGCAGAGGAGGAUCCCACAGCCGACAGUGAGGCCGCCAUAGAGAAGUACCUGCGCAGUGUCCUUGCUGUGGAGAAUGUGCUCACUUUGGACAGGCUCAGACAGGAGGUGGCUGUGAGGGAACAACUGGCCAUGAGAGGAAAAGCCCAGAGGCACAGUCUGAGCUCUCCAAGUGUGAACCAGCUGUCCUCCAGUUCCUUGGACCUCUCCUCAUCUACUCACAAACUUAAUGACAUCAAGGGUUGGGAGAGUCACCAGGACUUGUCUCUGAAGCCUUCUCCAGCUAAACCUGCUGCUCCCUCCAACUCUUCAACUCUGACCCGGAACCUCCACCCAGACACUGGUUUUGCUGCAUCUUUUUUGCCCCCAGUGAAAUCAGUGCCCCGUCUGCUCAUGUCUCUACUUCCUGGAGGCAAAGAGGAGAAAUCGAACCAGCUGCCUUCCCCUCCUCCUCAGCCCAGUCUUCCUCGGAUCAUGGUGCAGUCUGCCAGUGUAGAAGAAGGCCUGAGUCGACUACAACAACCGGUUCCCAUUGAGAAAAUCAUUCCCUGUGACAUCACACUGGAGAGCCCUAAACCGGUCCAUGCUCCGCCUCCUAUCGUCCCGGAGACAGAGAACUCCACCUCAAGUCCUGUCAGCGAAUCGUCCAGUGGGUACAUGUCCACCAGCAUUUCCACGGCAACGCUAUCCGACGUCUACACCCUGAGCUGGGACCUGCCGCCUCUGUCCAGCAUCCAACCAGAAGAGGAGGAGGAAGAUGGCGAAGUCACAGUUGGGGAUCGGGAAUUUCUACUGGACAAAUCGCUUACAGAGGAAUUGGAAAAAGAUUUGCAAAAACGUCAACUUCAUCAAGAACAAAUAAACAGUGAGACAUCUGAAAAGGUAGUUCACCAAUGUGAUUUAGACACCAAAAAUGUGCAAGAAGUCGAAAUUCUUGCUUCGAAUGAUGUAAAGACAAUGGACUCUAUAGUGGUAGACAAGGAGGAAGGUACAAAUAAGGAGAUGGACGCCAAAAAUCCUGUAAUCAAUGGGGCAACUUCAAUUAUAAACCAACAAAAAGCCAAUGAACCAAUUCAGACAUCAGCUCUUGAAAUAUCCAAAGUAGACGAUAAAGACUUUGAAGAAAUUGUACUUGAAAAUGACCAAAUUUUAACUGUAGAUACAGAAGUUGAACUGGCAGAUCAGUCUGAAACAACUGUAGUCAAAGAACAAUCUUCUCGCUUGAUAUCAGAGGAAUCUAAACAUUUAAAUCUAGUUUCAACCCAAAAUGAAAAUUCAAGGUCAAAAGAAGAUGAGGCAGAAGAAGAGGUCCAAUCAGAAAAUAAUGAAAAGCCUAUGGAGCAACUACAACCACUGGGGCAAGAAGGGGUUAUAGAAUCAACUGUAGAUUUGGAUGUGAAUGUUCAAGAAGUUCAGGAAUCUACAGAUAACCAACAAUCUUCUAACAUGAAAUCUGAAAAAAAUGACUCUUCAGUUACUGUUUCAACAAUUGCACAGGAAGAAGAAACAUUAACAUUUGAAAAUGAUCAGUCAGAAAAUAAUGACAAGUCCAUGGAGGAACUACAACCAUUGGAGCAAGAAGAAUCAGCUGUAGAUUUGGAUGGGCAAGUUCAGGAAUCUAAAGAUAACCAACAGUCUUCUAACAAGAAAUCUGAACAAGUGGACUCUUCAGUUACUGUCACAACAUUGGCAACUGAAGGAGAAACAUUGACACUUAAAAAUGAUCAGUCUAUAGUUUUUGCUGCAGAAAGUGAAACCAAAUCAAUGGAGGAUUUGUCAAGUAAUUUAGAAAAGAGUUCACCAAAGGACAAUGGACAGUCUUCGGUCGUGAAAUCUGAAGAAUCAAGUAAAGUAAAUGAAAUUAGCUCCGAACAAUCUACAAAUCUGUUACCACCUGCUUCUAAAGUUGUUUCGUCCAAACCACCAGCAGCAAGUCCAUUCAAGAUUACAAAGAAAGUCAAGUCCUCAGACCUCAAGUCCUUCCAACCAAUCAUAGAUGAGGAUGAUCCUGCCACAGAGAGGUCUGGGAGUCCCGGGAUGCACCUGUCUGUUCCCACGGAAACGCUAGAGAUCAUUUCAGACUCGGAGGAAGGAGACGCCAACGCCGUUCUGCCCGAAUGGUUAAAGGAGGGAGAGUUUGUGACAGUCGGGACAAAUAAGUACGGCACCGUGCGCUACGUGGGACCCACAGACUUUGCACAAGGGACCUGGGUUGGAGUGGAGCUGGAGGUACCGGCAGGUAAGAACGACGGCUCGGUGGGCGGUAAGCACUACUUCCACUGUAACCCAGGAUACGGGGUCCUGGUGCGCCCCGGCCGAGUGACCCGCGCCACAGGGACCAGCAGCAAACGGAAGAGACAACAGAAACGCCGCAGUGCCAAUCUGUCUGGGUCCAGCCCCAACCUGGCAGCCCUCACCGCCCUCGCCAAAGGGGAGGGGCCAGGGGGAGCAGGGGGUGUGGCCACAGGGCGAGGAGGGAAAGGAGAGAACCGCAAGUCGUGGAACACAUAGAUGCUCACUGUAUGACUACUGCUGCGUUCAGGUGGUGUCAGGUUAAACGUAAAUAAGAGUUUUGGACAUGAGAGAGCACAGACCCCAGAAUAUAUUGGAUAAAGUAGGAUUGUAGAAGCGGCUUCAACUAUACAAAUUCUGACAUCAGUGAGAGAGAGUGAUUUAUUGGUUAAAAAGUUUCAUAUUUGGACAUAUUUGAAUUAAGAUUGAGAUAAUAGGGGCAUGUAUAUGGAUUUAUCAUUGAAAUAUAUCAUUGAUGCUACGUCAGAUUUAGGCUUAUUUAGCUAAGAAUUCAGAUGCUGACUACUGGUAAUGUUUACUUCAAUAUUUGAUCUCAAACAGCUUUGGCGAAGGAACAGGUGGUCUAAGAUAGCUCCGCCAUUUGAGAAAACCGUAUGAAUUUUCUGAAAUGCAGCAUGAUUAUUCAUCAUCUAAAGAUGAUGAGUGAUAAGACUAUACUCCACAUAAAAGGCUGCACUGUGUAACUAUUGUGGUGGAGUCCGCCACCUGCUUGUCUCCAUGGAGAUGUUGUUGCUUUGCCUGAUGUGUUCCACAGUGACAUUAAGCAUGUCUAUUUCCCUGGUAACAGUCAAGUAAUGCUACCAGGCCAGGCUGCAGGUCAGAUCUGUAUAAAUGCAUGCUUUUUGUUUAACUUGUGAGCAAUAAAAGCACCCACAAUUGUAUUUUUGGUAAGAUUUAAGGUUAAUGUCAUACUAUGGCACAUUCAAAGAAAAGCAGUAUCAUCUCCAUGGGGUCAAGCAAGUGGCAAACCCUCCACUGCAAAAGUUACACAGUGCGGCUUUAAUGUUUUUUAUAAUGAUGUGAACAUUUUUAUCCUACUGCCACUGAACAUGUUAUGACCUGAAUACAUUUUAAAGUACAGACUGCUGAACAGAUGGUAAUAUUAUGGGUUUGUAUUUAGAUUCCAGUACUACACUUCAUAUGAUUUUUAUUACGUUGGUCAAAGAGCAAUUGUGUGAAUGUAUUUUAUAUUGAUGUCUCUGUGCCUUUUAAGUAUCAAAUUACUACAGUAUGCGAAACAUUAUUGUGUUAAAGGUACAUUAACUAUUCUGGUGGAUGCUACUGUUAUUGCAUUGACUGGAAUGUUUCAUAGUAUGGCAUUAAACGUGUCUAUAUCUAGAGACAUGCAGAUGACGCCGCCGGUCCAAGUCACGACUCAGGUCUGUGGAGGGGCAAUCCUGCACAAGAAUCUCAGUAAUGAUGAUGACUUUACAUGGUUUUGAAUGUAUUGGAAUAAAUGCAAGAUACUUUGAAUUAUUCAAAUCUCCAUGGAAACAAACAGGUAGUCAAACCCUCACCGGAGAGGUUACAGUGUACCUUUAAUGAACAAAUGUUAAAGGGCUUAAAUGUAGUGUUUGAAUGUGCCAAUCUACUUUUUACACAGCUCCUGCACUUUCAGUCUGAUCUCCCUGUGAUAAAAAUACAGUUUUUUUAUAGUCUGUUUGGGGAAAGUUAUUGUGUGUGUGGGGAGGGUCGUGGCCAUGUUAAAAUAAGGUUAAUGAGGGAGAUUAUGCAUUUAAUAUUAUGUCUGUAUGGAAAAAGAUUUUAUACUUUGGUCUUUUUGAAUGUAGAGAUGUUUAUUUAUUUGAUGAAAUGGUUCCUAAUAAAACAAAUCAACUUACACACUGAUUUGGGUGCACUGCUUAAAGAGGUUUCUGCAUUUGACCCAUUCAAAGGCAAUGGGCAUUUCUGUCACACCAUACUUAUUGCUUAGUAGUAAUAUAUAAUUGGUUCUAUCAAUAGUGAAACUAAAUUCAAAUGUGCAGCAACUACUCGGUAAAAAGACGUCACUGCAAGUACUUGUUGUUCACCCUUAUUCAAGGCAGUUACUUUGA